CCUGGGCUGGGAUCCGGAGCAGGCGGGCGAGGGCAGCCGCCCUGAGCAGGCCCGGAGCGAUGGCGGCCUCGAUGACGGUGGGAACCGGAGCCCCACCCGCGCCUGGUGACCUCUCCGGGGAAGGGAGCCAGGGACUUCUCGACCCCUCGCCAGAGCCCAAGCAGCUCCCGGAGCUGAUCCGCAGGAAGCGAGACGGAGGCCGCUUGAGCGAAGCGGACAUCAGGGGCUUCGUGGCCGCUGUGGUGAACGGGAGUGCGCAGGGCGCACAGAUCGGGGCCAUGCUGAUGGCGAUCCGACUUCAGGGCAUGGAUCUGGAAGAGACCUCGGUGCUGACCCAGGCCCUGGCCCAGUCGGGGCAGCAGCUGGAGUGGCCAGAGGCCUGGCACCAGCAGCUUGUGGACAAGCAUUCCACAGGGGGUGUAGGCGACAAGGUCAGCCUGGUCCUCGCACCUGCCCUGGCGCCUGAGGUCGGAGUGAUGGGAUCAGGGUCCCCGGGGGUCCAGGGGUCCCGGCGCGGAGAGGACGCCGGCCCCGCGAGGUCAGCGGUGUCUCCGGGCCCGCAGCACCGGAAGCCCCGCGGCUGGAGCUUCGGGAUCCGACACUCGGACUACCUGGCCCCGCUGGUGACCCACGCGGACACCUGA